AUGGAAGAACAGUUAAAAGAAUGUGAAAAACAUAAAAAAGAAGUAGAAGAUAAAAUUAACGAAAUUAUGAUAACUCAUCUCAACAUAAGUAGAACAGAAAUCGAAAAAUUAACCAACGUUGGAAAAUUAGAUACAAUCCUAAAUACCAUAAAACAAGAAGUAAAAGAAUGUUUAAAAUUACUCGGAAUCUCUUUUCAAACUGGUGAUAGUUUGAUGUCCAUGCUUAAAAAAUUGGUGAAAGCCUGCAAAGAAAUUGAAAUAACCGGGCCUGUUCAAGAUAUCAAUCCGUUAAGUGUGAAAACGAUGGUUGAAAAUAUGUUCAAACUUAUUGAUCCGGAAAGUGAAAAAAUGUUUAAUAGAAAAAUAUGGAAAAAUAUUAUCAAAAAAGAAUAUGAUUUAUUUUCUACUUUUAAUCCUAAUUACAAUUAUAUAAACGUAAUGGUGAAAGAUUUAGGUUACUAUUUGUGGGGUUUACCCAAAUAUGAAGAUGAAACUUUUCUUGAUAAAAUAUACAGAUGUCAUAAAUACCUUCAAAUAGAAAUAAAUAGUGAGUAUAUAGAAGAUGGUACAAAUGAUAUGAGUGUUGAUAACUUAUUCGAACCAAAUUCUCUUAUUGUUUAUAAAAAUAGAAGAAACGGAAUACCAAGUUAUCAAGGAAAACCUUCAACUCCCGAAGAACUUCAAGAAAUUGUCGGUUCUGGAGAACUCGAUCGUAUACAAGGAAUUAUCAAUACCCUUAAACAAGAAAAUCAAGACCUAAAAAACACAAAUGAUAAUUUAAAAAAAGAAAAUGAAAAUUUGAAAACGACAAACGACGGAUUAAAACAAGAAAAUGAAGAAUUAAAAAACCAAAUUAAACCGCUUAAUGACAAAAUCCACGAUUUAGAAGAAGAAAAUAAAAAAAUUAAAGCUGAAAAUGAUGAACAUACCAAAGAAAAUUUGCAAUAUGAAGAAACUUUAAAAACUCUUAACGCAAACAUUAAUAAUACUAUAAGCAUGUUUAACGUAAAAUAUAACGCUAAUGAUUCUAUUGAAAAAAGAAUAGAACAAAUCAUGGGUUUAGUAAAAGCGAUGACAAAUAUUUCCGAACCUUAG